AUGAGGUGGCAGCGUGGCACUCGGUUUAGAGGGCUUCGGAGGGCGGCGGCCCCAUGGACAGCCCUGCUGGCGCUGGGCCUGCCCGGCUGGGUGCUGGCUGUCUCGGCCGCGGCAGCCGCGGCGGUCCCCGAGCAGCAUGCCUCCGCGGCCGGCCAGCGCCCCCUGGACUGGCUGCUCACAGACCGGGGCCCCUUCCACCGCGCGCAGGAGUACGCUGACUUCAUGGAGCGGUACCGCCAGGGUUUCACCACCAGGUACAGGAUCUACAGGGAAUUUGCCCGUUGGAAAGUGAACAACUUGGCUCUAGAAAGGAAAGACUUCUUCAGUUUGCCAUUGCCUCUCGCCCCAGAGUUUAUCCGGAACAUCCGCCUUCUCGGAAGGAGACCCAACCUGCAACAGGUUACCGAAAACCUGAUCAAAAAGUACGGCACUCAUUUCUUACUUUCCGCCACCCUUGGAGGAGAAGAGUCCCUGACUAUUUUUGUGGACAAGCGGAGACUGAGCAGAAAGACAGAGACAACCGGGACUGCCUCUGUAGCGGGGGGCAGUGGAAACAGCUCCGCCGUGUCCCUGGAGACCCUGCACCAGCUGGCGGCCUCCUACUUCAUCGACAGAGAGAGCACGCUUCGCCGGCUGCACCACAUCCAGAUAGCCACGGGGGCCAUCAAGGUCACAGAGACCAGGACUGGUCCCCUGGGCUGCAGCAACUAUGAUAAUCUGGACUCAGUCAGCUCUGUCCUGGUGCAGAGCCCAGAGAACAAAGUGCAGUUACUAGGCCUGCAGGUGCUGCUGCCCGAGUACCUGCGUGAGCGCUUUGUGGCUGCAGCACUCAGCUAUAUCACGUGCAGCUCUGAGGGUGAGCUUGUCUGCAAGGAGAAUGACUGCUGGUGCAAGUGCAGCCCCACCUUCCCGGAGUGCAACUGCCCCGACGCCGACGUCCAGGCCAUGGAGGACAGCCUGCUGCAGAUCCAGGACUCCUGGGCCACUCACAACCGGCAGUUUGAGGAGUCAGAAGAAUUCCAGGCCCUGCUCAAAAGGCUGCCUGAGGACCGGUUCCUGAACUCCACAGCUAUCUCCCAGUUCUGGGCCGUGGACACCAGCCUUCAGCACCGCUACCAGCAGCUGGGGGCCAGCCUGCAAGUGCUAUUCAAGAAGACCCAUCGGAUUGUCCGCCGGCUCUUCAACCUGUGCAAGCGCUGCCACCGGCAGCCUCGGUUCCGCCUGCCCAAGGAGAGGUCCUUGUCCUACUGGUGGAACCGAAUCCAGUCCCUUCUCUACUGUGGAGAAAGCACCUUCCCUGGCACCUUCCUGGAACAGACCCACAGCUGCACCUGCCCCUAUGACCAGUCUUCCUGCCAGGGCCCCAUCCCAUGUGCCUUGGGUGAAGGGCCUGCGUGUGCCCACUGUGCUCCAGACAACAGCACGCGCUGUGGGAGCUGCAACCCAGGCUAUGUGCUGGCCCAAGGGCUGUGCCGGCCAGAGGUGGCCGAGUCCCUGGAGAACUUUCUUGGGCUGGAGACAGACCUGCAGGACCUGGAGCUGAAGUACCUGCUGCAGAAGUGGGACAGCCGCAUUGAGGUACACUCCAUCUUCAUCAGCAACGACAUGCGUUUGGGCAGCUGGUUUGACCCUUCCUGGAGGAAGCGCAUGCUUCUCACCCUGAAGAGCAACAAGUACAAGCCUGGGCUGGUGCAUGUGAUGCUGGCUUUGUCCUUGCAGAUCUGCCUCACCAAGAAUAGCACCCUGGAGCCUGUCAUGGCCAUCUACGUCAACCCCUUUGGGGGAAGCCACUCCGAGAGCUGGUUCAUGCCCGUAAACGAGGGCAGCUUCCCUGACUGGGAAAGGACUAACGUGGAUGCAGCUGCCCAGUGCCAAAACUGGACUAUCACCUUGGGGAACAGGUGGAAGACCUUCUUUGAAACAGUCCAUGUUUACCUUCGGAGCCGAAUCAAGUCCCUGGAUGACAGCUCCAAUGAGACAAUCUACUAUGAGCCCCUGGAAAUUACUGAUCCCUCCAAGAAUUUGGGCUACAUGAAAAUCAACACCUUGCAGGUGUUUGGGUACAGCCUGCCCUUUGACCCAGAUGCUAUCCGGGACUUAAUUCUGCAGUUGGACUACCCAUAUACUCAAGGUUCCCAGGACUCUGCACUCUUGCAGCUCAUUGAGCUCAGGGACCGGGUGAACCAGCUUUCUCCACCUGGCAAAGUCCGUCUUGACCUUUUCUCCUGCUUGCUCCGGCAUCGGCUCAAGCUGGCCAACAAUGAGGUGGGCAGGAUCCAGUCCUCCCUGAGGGCUUUCAAUUCUAAGCUGCCAAACCCUGUGGAGUAUGAGACGGGCAAACUCUGUAGCUAA